AAAUAAGGGAUUAAUUUGCCAGGACCUCGUUUGGUUGUUUUUAAAGGCGGAAAAAUUAUAAUAAAAUGCCGUAAUGUGUUUAAAUAUUGUGUUGUUUAUUAAACGAAAGAAGUUUGUUGCAUAAAAUUGCAGUCCUAAGCCAAUACAGUAUAUAUGAGCUGAUGCAUAUACAGUGAUUUACCAUUAUUAGUCAAAAAGCAAAAAUGUUUCAGAAUUUGCUUUUUUGCUUUCUUUUGAUAAAUGGUGGUUUUGAUUUGUGCAGCUCAGCGUCAAAAGAUCCUUACGCCACACUUGGUCUAAGCAACUACGCCACCACGCAGGAUAUAAGAAAAGCCUUUAAACAAUUGGCAAAGGAAUGGCAUCCAGAUAAAAGCAAUCAUCCAGAUGCUGAAACAAAGUUUAUUGAAAUAAAGCAGGCCUACGAACUCUUAUCGGACAGCGACCGCCGGCGAAUGUAUGACCAACAUAGGAUAAUUGAUGAAGACUCCCAUUUUUUUAAACAAAAACAUGAUUAUAGUAGAUAUGAACGGUUUGGGUUUGAUCCGGUAGAAGAAUUAUUUGGAAAACAUUUUUUUUUUGAUCACGACAUAAGCAUAUAUCAUAAAUUAUCAGUGACGACAAAAUACUUCGAUCACACUAUCCUACCAAAGAGUGCAAAAACGCUGUAUGUUUUAAUGUUCUAUAAUGAUUGGUGCUUCCGGUGCACUCGUCAGGUUGGAUCAUUCAAAAAACUAAUUGACACUCUUGAGCCUUUAGGAAUUCAUUUUGCUACAAUUAAUGCUGCUCAUGAACCUGCUGUCUUAAGAAAAACAGGGGUCGCUGAUGUUCCUAAGUUGCUGCUUAUUAUGGAUGGUCAUAGCUAUGUUUAUCGUGAAAAUAAUUUUUCUACACAAAAAGUUGUUGAAUUUAUUCGAAAGAAGUCACCUUUUCAGCUUACUAAGCGGAUCAAUGAUUUUAAUAUCGACGAUUUCCUUGGUGGUUGGAACGAUAAUAAAGUACGAGCGUUAAUUUUAGAGCCACGAAGUGUGACUAGAUUGCGUUAUUUGAUUGCAUCCUUUGCUUUCAGUGACCGCGUUGCAUUUGGAUUUGUGGAUCUUACUAAUAUCCAUACCAACCAAAUUUUAGAUCGGUUUAAGCCUCAGUUGAACUUAGACAGUCUCAUUCUAUUCGAUGAAGACUCUAUAAGAUCGAUUGCAAGUAUAUCAAUGCCGGAAAUUCCCACGCAAACGCUGACAAAUGUUAUUACAUCUAAUCAAUUUUUAACAUUGCCAAGAUUGUCAUCGCAGGAUAUUUUGGAAGGUGUGUGCCCUGCUGAAUGGAGUCGAUCAAGAAAGCGCCUUUGUAUAAUUCUUAUUACGGAAAACACGGCAGAACAUGAUUUAGCAAGAGGGGCGUUAAGGCACAUUGCAUUACAAAGUGGAUACAGUUCCGAAAGAGUUAGAUUUGCGUACAUUUUCAAGGAAAAACAAUCGGAGUUCUUUAAUGCUAUAUCAAAAGGUUUGCUUGCAAAUGAUGUACUGCAGAUUGUGAUUAUUUGGAGACGUGACAGCACACAUCUUAAGUAUGAAUGGGUAGAUGGAUCAAAACUGGAAAAUAUGAGUGAUUCGAAUGGUCUUAAUGAUCAUAUAAUAAAUAGGACCAAAUACGAAGUUGAUAUAACUGUACAACGACUUUUAAGAACUAAUGAAGCGUUAACUUAUGAAGCAGUUGUCCAGAAUUUAUUUGAUGAGCACGCGCAGGGAAUUUGGAGUAAAUGGAUCGCACGCUUGUUUAACAUAGUGGAAUAUUUGUCUGAUAAUGUUGAAGAGGAACAUAUUUUAGCUGCACUAUCACUUUUAGGAACUAUUUCGCUUAUGUUUGGAAUUGGAUAUGUUAUGAUGUACUUUGUACAGGAGGAAGAGGAAAGUCUAAAAGCGAAAGGACAUAUAAAUGAAAACUUAAAUAGUAAACACAGACGUCAUGUUCCAGAACUCAAAUUGUAUGAGCUGAGGGCUGAAAAGUAUAAUGGAAUGGUUCGAUUAUUGAAGCCCGGCUGCCGUACCAUUAUUUUAAUAACGGAUUUACAGAGUCGAACAAAAUUAAUUCCUUCUUAUCAUAGAGCCAUUUGGCCGUAUAGAAAAUCCAAGACAUUAAUAUUUGGACAUAUGCUUGUGGAAAAGGGGCUAUCUUGGUAUGCCGAGUUGCUUCGUAUAUCACUUUGCACAACCAAAAACCUACAGAUAAAUCCAAGAAACUGCGUUGGCACCAUUAUAGCUUUAAAUGGUCACAGGAAAUACUUCUGCAUGUAUCACGCAAAACACCCCGAAUCAACACGCGGAGCAAAGAGAAUGGUUAAAAUGACAAAACAGCUAUUGAAAAAAAAUGAAGACCCUGAAAUUGGUACAUUUCUGCAGAUGGGUUACUCUGAUGAUUCAGAUAUAGAUGCUCCUGUUUUGAUGGAAGAUAAUCUGCUAGAUGGCCUAAGUAACUGGUUAGACAGGUUAUUUGAAGGAACUACACAUAGAUACUAUAUAAACUACUGGCCUGAUUUUCCUACCAAAUAAAUUUAUUUGCAAAAUGUA